CUUACGAAACUCUAGACUAGAAGGGUCUAUUCGUAGCUUCGCCGACGAAAAGUCCAUGCCGUUGGUAUGGUACGGGACCUUCUGCCUACGGACUCAACGACAGCGCUCGGCGACCUCCCGCCGUCACCCUCACAUAUCAGUAGCGGACGGCAGCGCCUUUCUUGACUGUUCAGCGCUGUGCUUUGGCGUCCUCUGCGGGUGCAAUCGCCUUGAGCACCUCAUGCACCAGGUACUAUCACGGCGUACAGAUUCUGGACGCACGCCGACCCCAGUACAGAGUCCGAUCGGGUAAAUUAACAGCUCCCGUGUGCUCAGCAUCAAACUCUACCGAGCCGUUCGCAGGACCGAGGGCAAGUCAACUGUCCAAGGCGAAGUGGCGUCAAGUUGUCGAGAACUUCUUACGCAGCCGUCGGCCGCUCAUGAUGAUGAGAAGGUCAAUGUGGAUAGGGUGUGCCCCUCCGCCAGCGUACCCGAAGAUUUUACCCCGCCCUAUAAAGCUAGGAUCUCGAUGUCCGUCGGAUAACUCCCCCUGCCGUCAUGGAUCUCCAAGUUCCCCAGCUGCCCUUCAAGCUCAAUCUGAACGAUACGUUCGGCGUGGCUAUGAUCUGUGCAUUCUUUGCUGCUAUCUUGUAUGGUGUCAUGUGCCUGCAAUGCUAUAUUUUCUUCCACAGAUUUUCUCAAGAAGGACGGCGAGUGAAGUGCUCCGUCUGGCUACUCUGGGUCAUGAACACAGUUCAUCUAGCAUUCCUUAUCCACCCGCUCUACACAUAUAUGGUCACAAAUUUCGACAAUAUCGCAAUCCUAAUUCAGAUCCCGUGGUGCGCGUCCCUCUCUACUUCAAUCCCUUUUGCAGCUCUAUCAUUUGCAGGCUCGCUGAUAUGGCCGUUGCAGGAGUAUCUCGGCUGGUAUUGUCCUUUCGAUUUCGUCCAAUCUGCUCGUGCAAAGGCAAGUUACCUCAGCUGGUAUACCUAUCGGAUUUGGAUAAUAAGCGACAAGAAUUACUGCAUCGUUAUGCCGCUAUUUGUCGGAAUACUUGCGGUGCUGGGUACCAGUGUAGCCUUGGUUGUCGGAACGCUCACUAUGUCACCUUUGACAUAUUUCUUGUCGCUCAACCCGGUGCUCUUCACUGGCAUGGCUUUGAUCAUGACCGUUGAUACCUACAUCUCGAUCGUGCUGGUAGUGCUGCUACGGCGCCAGCGAUCUCGAGUGGUUAGCAAGCGGACGAUGUCAGCUGUGCAAUUCCUCAUGAUGUACACCGUGAACACAGGCUUGAUCUCGAGUGUUGUCUCGCUGGGAGUUAUCAUUGCAAGAGCUAUAGCCCCCGCGGAUAUGAUCUAUAUCAGCAUAUACUUCAUCCUCAGCCCGAUUUACUCCAAUUCCCUCAUGGGAUCAUUGAAUGCACGCGACUGGUUCCGAGAUAACGAACCGACGAUGAACACGAUCACCAUUCGAAGCCAGGGUCCCGUGUUUGCUCACACUCAACAGCAGUCCGACUCUAUGCUCGACGGGUCUGAAACGCAGGAUCCUGUUCCGCAUGUUGCCAUCAACAUCGGGCUCGAUGAACAGAAGGCGGAGUUCUUGAAGACGGAUGUACCUGUGGGAGAUGCCGGUCGGCCCCUCAUCACAAUUAUGUUCACGCCUCCUACAAUAAUGCUGUAAAAUAUUCGCUUCGGUUUUGUGCGAACCUAUUUAUCAUGGCCUUCUUCACAAAAUUUUGUAUUAAUAUUAUAUAUAUGGCUGUGCGGUAGCGCG